AAGUAGGCUCGGGUUUGUCCUGUAAAGCGCAGAGUACGUUAUUAAACUACAUUUAGAUAAAAGCUCCAUAAUAAAGUGUGGGUGCUGUCAGCUGAUGAGACGCUGACUCAGCACAGCCUGUCCUCGGUCCUGCAGCCUCUCCGGUCUCGUGGCUCGCUGCUGACCGACAGGAAGUUGUCCUCGCGUCGGUUUGCAGGAGUUAUUUCCAACAUGUUGGUCCGCCUGUGUCAACCUGCAGCUGCAUAAAGACUCCUUUCACUGCGGUGUAUCCGGUUCUAUCUGACUUUUUACCACAGUCAGGAUCCUGUCCGGGUCCGCGAGCUGCUGUCACGAGGUGUUCAGGACGCUCACUCACUUCCUACAAACUGCCAGCGCUCGUGCAGCUGCUGUAACUGACAGAGAGAAGUCGGAGGUGUCUGUCUUUGUCCCCGAGAGUCAGAAUGCUGUCUGUGGAGCAGCUGAGACAGAGUCUGGACGCCGCGGGACAGGCUCACAUCCUGCACUUCUGGCAGGAGCUGUGUGAGGCUGAGAGGGACUCCUUCCUCCAGGAGCUGUCUCAGCUGGACCUGCAGGGGCUGAAGGAGCACUGUGAGGGGGCAGCCAGGGCCGCAGCCUCCCCGCCGGACAGCCUGGACCAGCACAUAGAGCCUGUCCCCCCUGAGGCCAUCGGCAGCGUGAGGAGAAGUGACAAAAAGUCCCUGCAAGAGUGGGAAAAUGAAGGAUUGUUGCAAAUCUCAGGAGCCCGAGUUGGAGUCCUGCUGUUGGCUGGUGGUCAGGGGACCCGUCUUGGUGUUGCGUACCCCAAAGGCAUGUAUAACGUCGGGCUACCAAGCGGAAAAACCUUGUAUCAAAUCCAGGCGGAGCGCAUUCACAAAAUCCAGGAGCUGGCUGACAGAAAAUAUGGCACAAAAUGCAUCGUUCCAUGGUACAUAAUGACCAGUGAAUUCACUCUGGCUCCCACUGAGAAGUUCUUCAAGGAGAACAACUACUUUGGUCUGGAGCCGUCAGACAUUGUUUUGUUUGAGCAGAGGAUGAUCCCAGCAGUGACCUUUGAUGGAAAGGUCAUCCUGCAGGACAAAGGGAAGAUAGCGAUGGCUCCAGAUGGGAACGGUGGUCUGUACCAGGCGCUGGUGGACAACAAGGUGCUGGAGGACAUGAGGAAGAGGGGAGUGGAGUUCCUGCAUGUGUACUGUGUCGACAACAUCCUGGUCAAAAUGGCCGACCCGGUGUUCAUCGGGUUCUGUGUUAGCAAAGGGGCCGAUUGCGGAGCCAAGGUGGUGCAGAAGGCCUACCCUGCUGAGCCAGUGGGCGUGGUUUGCAGGGUGCGAGGUGUCUCUCAGGUGGUGGAGUACAGCGAGAUCCAGCCAGAGACUGCCGAGCUCCGAGGACCUGAAGGGGAGUUGGUGUACAGUGCUGGAAACAUCUGCAAUCACUUCUUUACCAGGGCUUUUCUGCAGGAUGUAGCACAGACUUUUAAAGACCAACUGAAACAACAUGUUGCUCUCAAGAAAGUGCCCCAUGUGGACAUGUGUGGGAAUCCAGUCAAACCAACGAAACCCAAUGGCAUAAAGAUGGAGAAAUUUGUUUUUGAUGUCUUUCCGUUCUCAAGAAAAUUUGUUGUCUUUGAGGUUGUAAGGGAGGAUGAGUUUUCACCACUGAAAAACGCAGAUGGAGCAGCCACAGACAGCCCGACCACGGCGAGGAACUCUUUGCUGGCUCAACACUGCCGCUGGGUGUCGGCUGCAGGAGCAACGCUGGUGGACGAACAUGGGAAUACCCUCCCACCUACAGCCAGUGUAUCAGCAGGGGGCGCUCCUCCAGCACAGUGUGAGAUCUCACCAUUGGUCUCCUACUUUGGAGAGGGCCUGGAGCAGCUGCUGAAGGGGAGGAUGCUGCCAACUCCCUUCAUUCUGGACGGAAAAAGGGCCAAAGAGCUUCAGGCUCAGUAACGUUACUCUGAGUGAUGGAGAGAUGUGAGACGGCAGCAGAUGGUCCACCACAGAGGAGUACAGAAUGGAGAGGGCCGCCCUCAAUGGAUGUGUUUGGGCAGUUUCAGCCCAAGAAUGCAUAUUUUUUAAAUGAAUUUUUGAAUUUUACAUGAAAAUAAUCAUCAAACUGUCAAUCCUGUAAAAUGUCUCUUUGUUCAGGAAGAGCUGCAACUUUAAAAUGGAUAAGGAAGGGAUUACUAAUGAGUUUUUGAAAUUAGUUUGAGCUUUGUUUUGUUUUAUAUGUAAUCAAAAAUAUAAUCCUAAUACCUCAA